GUGGCUUGUACGAAUUGAUAUGACGAGUGACGAUCGGACCUCAACCCAAUGUUUAUUGAAUAGCCACCUCAUUUUGCGUGAUGGCGACUGCGUCCAUCUAGAUUUGGUAAUUCCAUUCUUGUAUCGUUACUUCAUCGCCCUCCAUUGGUCCCUUCAUUCGAGACUCCACUACCUUCAUGAUUCAAUGCAUUUCAGCCAGCAUUAACGUCUUGCGGUUUCCCCCUCCUGGUUGAGAAUGCCGCAGAUGGGUGCAACCAUCAGGGGGGCGGUUCUGCAAUCUGGACCAGUCUAUGGAUGCAUAUUGACACACAGAGACAUCUAUCGAGAUGCAGACUGCAUGGAGAUGCAAAUAGCCGUGAAUCAUGCUCAAUGUGUCUGCAGUCAUGCACGGAGUUGGUGGCCAAUCUUGCUUCACGUGUUUCACGCCGCUGCUCUGUCAUCUUUCUCACCACCGCCACCACCACCUCCCAAAGAUGACAGAACCAUUAGAUCCCAACCGCCAUUAUUCGCCCAUCGACGAACUGAGAUCACCAAAGUGCACCUUCGCCUUCGCAAGCAUUGGUUCCCCCGACUGACCCUCCCCGAUAUCCAGGGAAAAGGCAAUCCGGAAUGCCCCCCCCGCCGUACCAGAAAUCACGCCAAACCACCAACGCCCACGGCUCCGGGUUCGGCGACGGGUGGUGUGGAGAAGCGCAACACCGCAAUCCACCAUCGUGAUUGGCGGCGCAGCCAUGCGGAUCAUCCACGACGGCGAUCGAUCGUUCCGCCUCGCCUGGGUGCCAAUCACCCUCGCCAAACCUGCGAGCCACCCCUCAGGUUCAUCGACGGUCGAGCGCACGCACGCAUCCAUCAUGACUCUCAUCGGCCAUCCCAUUUGAUAUUUCGCAACGCCCAGUGGCUCAGAGCUGGCAGGUCGAUCGCCUGGUUUCGUGAUUCUUGACCACUCGGGAGUUGGGACCGGGCUUGGGGCAAUGCUGGCCCUUGCAUGGCUCGACUGG